UAAGCCAACGUUGGAGAGAAAAGGGAGUAGCGCAGCUCGGAGAAACGAAGAAAUAAGAGAGGAACAGGUUGCCAGGUCGGACGCAACGCGCAACUAAUUUGGAAAUCGAGCCAACCAGCCCAGCCAGCCGAAAGUGCGUGAGCGUGAUCGUUUGAACGUCGCCCAAAAAAAAAAGAAGUAGGAGCCGCACUUGCAUUUAACCCAGCGCCAGCUUGAAGGGUUUAAAACCCAAGCCCAUGAGUAGCUGAGCCCGGUGGCAGCAGCUAAAACGGAAACCAGACUUUAAGCCUAAACACCACCCGAUCCAAGCCAGAUCCAAAUGAAAACGCUAGUGCUCAGCCAGGAUGACCUGCAGAACUUCAACAAGUUCAUCUAUGACCCCAAGUCGGCUGCCCAGCUGGCAGCCAGUGCGGGAGCAAUUGGAGCAGCGGCGGCGGCAGCAGCAGCGGUCCAUGGUGGUCCGCCCGCUGGCAGCACAACAGUGCAGCUGCUUCAGAGCGGCGUUGGGGGAAUGGUCAAUCCCGGCGUAGUGCCCGUCUCCGUGCCUGUAGUACCCACCAGCACAGCCAGCAGUGCCAAUAACUUGAUGGCGCUGCACUAUUACCUGAAGCAUCCGGGUAUCCAGCAGAUGCCCAUCCCACAGCAGCAGCAGCACCAUCAGCAACAGCAGCAGCAGCAACAACAACAGCAGCAGCAGCAACACCAUCAGCAACAUCAGCAGCAACAGUUGCUGGCCCAGUCACAGACGCAGCUGAAACAGCUGCAGCUCAAGCAGCCGACGAUCCACCAGCACCAGCAGCACAUCAGCUACCACCACCACCAUCCGUACUACCAGCAACAGCCGCAGCAGCAGCAGGUGCCGCCACCGCAGCCUCUGAAGAGUCAGCCACAGUCCCACCUGCCCGUGCACGCCCUCAAUCAGAACUCCAACUUCUCGGCGGCCAGCUCCAGUACGGGCGGCACUGCCUCCAGCCAUGCGCCCACCCAGCAAUCGAACGGAUCCAGCGUUUCACCCACCAUUGUGUCCAGGGUGGCGGCCGUUGGUGGCGGAGGAGGAGCACCCAGUAGCAGUAAUAUUGCAGCUGCGGCAAAUGCGCUCCUGCGGGCAUCGGUCGCCUCCACAGCUCCGAGCUCCUCCGCCUCUUCAUCCUCUUCUUCGUCCUCAUCCGCGUCGUCGAGCUCCUCGUCCAGCAGCUCCUCCUCUAGCGCCAGCAGUUCGGCGAAUUGCGCCAAGAAGCUGAAGACGGAGCCAGUGCUGUCGCAAUAUAAUCAAACGGAGCGCCUCAAUUUCGCCAACACGUACAUAGUGUGGAGCGAGGAGCACUGGCGGCGGGUGGUGUUCCAUGAUGAGCGUAGGUUCAACCUGGAUGGACCGGAUGGCUUCUCGUACUAUUUCCACGACUUGCGCAACUACGAACGCACGCUGUCGCAGCGACCGCGUGGCAACUCGGUGUACAUAUACCUGAUGGUCUGCGUGGGCGGAGCCGUGCAUCUGGAGGUGUCAUCCGCCAAACAGCGACCGGAAUCCUGCAUCGAGGCCAUCAUGCGCGAGCGGCCGACUAUUGUCACCAAGCUGGGUGGUAAUUCGGAUUUUGUGCUGCAGGAUCACAACUGGAUGUCGCAUGCCCUGCCCACUGCCCAGGAUUUGCUGAAUUCGGAGGGUCUGAAGACGCAGAAGUGGCCCACCAUUGCCCACGAUCUGAACAUCAUGGAGAAUGUGUGGGGCUGGCUCAUCCGCGAGGUGUUCGACGGCGGGAGGAAGUUCUCUCGCAAGGACGACUUGAUAUUCCGCAUCAAGGAGGCGUGGUCCCGCCUGCCGCUCGACCUCAUCACCAACCUGUAUAGCACGCUGCCUGAACGGAUCACGGAGCUUUACUACACACAGGGCGUCUACACGAAUUGUUGACAGCGGCGUACAGAGCAACCGGGAUGUGGAAAGGACUCCGUGCAGGCGGACAAUGAUCCGAGGAGUGGGAACUCCUUUAAGUCUGCCUCUGCCAGAGAACGGAGGGCGAAGGAAGCAGCAAAUCUUUAUAUACAAUUUAACUUAACUUUUUGUGUAUAGCUUUAAGAUGUGUGCAACGGAGAGCGGACUGGAGACCGACGGACUGAUAGCAUGAAAGACAGACGAACGGACUGACCUAACGGACGGUCGGACGCACCGACUUGGGUAAUAAGUUAUAACGUUUUUUAGUUAUUUAAAAAAUUAUCAAAAAACAGAAACAGCAGAUUGUGGGCAGAACACACGUUAAGUGUUGCCGUAUCUAUCGCUUUGUAAUUAGUGUUUUUAUCCCGGCCCUAACAACUAUUCUCUUAAAAACCAAACCUUUGGCCCUCCCCCCCCCCCCCCCCCAAAAAAAAAAAAAAAAUCCCUCGUAUUUUGUAAGCCUUAGUUUAAGUUGUCGUUUUCCUUUUUAUCCGCCCCUGUACCCCACUCUAUUAAGGUUAUACAAAAAUAUAUAAGUUACAAACAAGUUUUAUUUGAACUUAACUCCCCUUUUGUUGAUUGUUUUUAGUUGUGCCAGCAGAGUAGAAGAACAAAAUUGAAAUGCCAAGCGAGCAGAGAGGAAGCAAACAAAAUAAAUUGUAACUAAAGUAUUAUUUUAAGGCAUAGUUUUUGUUGUAGCAAAUUACGGAGAACUUACAUACACACACACACACGCAUGAACACACUCAGAAGAAGAAUCCUAUCAUGUAAAAUUGUUUACGAAAACAGAAAUUAUGAUUAAACUAAUUAUCAAUGUAAUUAAUACAUAUUAAAAACGAGAUAUAACUAACAAAACAAAUUGAAGAGCAAAGGCAACUUAGUGUUAAUGUAAGAUCAAAACAACUAACCAGAGCAUAGAGAACUAUAGAUCGAUGAAAUCAUGCUGAAACUCAACACUCCUCCAGACCCGAACCCAAACCCGAAACCUCCCCCAAUCCCCCAUUAAGUCCUUCUCCUCAAAGAACUGGAGAAACUUUGACUACCGAUGGCAGCCACCGGAGAGCUCCAUUUGGGGAUUACGACUCUGAUGAACCAGACAAAUUCUUAGUACGCCAUAUUAUGGUUUAUACGUACGCACCCAAUACUUAGCAAUACAAUUGAACUGAACAAACUGCAAGUGCGAGCAACUAAUCUGUAGAAUACUUGAGCCACUAUGAAAGUAUCCUUGAAAUAAAAUUGCAACUUAUAUAUACAUUAUAUGCGAAACAUAAACCCACUCUCAUGUGUAAUUUGGCAGUUAUGUGAAUGUGAUUUUCCCCCCUUGUUUUCGCUUCUGCAUUAUAUGGCUCCGACCACAGAAAUCGGCACCUUUAUACAUGCAUAUACAUAUAUAAAAGCAAGAACAAGAAAAAUCAACAAAAAUGGAAUUAUAAUUAAUUAAUAAAUCGAGAAAUGCAAUUACCAAUAAAAACUACCAGCAGAUACGUAAAAAAUCGAAAA